GCUCCAGCUCACAUUUUCACGAUUAAGGGGCGCACACAUCUCUCUCCGUGCUCAGUAACGUUGGGAGAAAGGAAUAAUAAGAGAGACGUGGUGGCUGAAGCGGUUCAGGAAGUCGGCACGCAGCGUUUUUAUGACCACAUCCCUGUCAGCCAACCUGUUUCGCGUCUGGACGGCAGCGACGAGAAUCUACCCAGCUCUCAGUCACGGAGUUUCACCGGCCAGGGGCGUCCAUGUCCGCGUCCCCUGGGUAUUACACCAAAGAUAAGCAAGGAUGGAAAGAGGGGAUGAAAUGUCACCCCGAUGCCGCCGCAGAGGCGCUCCAGUGAAGCCUGCCUGCAGCCACCAGGAUGAGCCUUCUCCUGCUGGGAACCAUCAGCAAGGCAAUGCAGAAAACCUCAUCAAAAGCAAUGGGAGAGUCGAAGUGGACGAUGUGAUCAGCAAAAAGCUACAACUGAAAAGGAAAGCAGAGUUCUUGAAGCAUGACCUGAUGCGUCAGUUUGGCUGCCAGGUCAAUGACGUCAUGGACAGUCUUAUUGAAGAAUCCGCCAAUCUCGAGCCCCCACCCGUAUCUCCUGUUUUCUCACCUCAACUCUCAGACAAGGAGAAGAGCAAACUUGGGCAGUUUCGACCUCCUCAUAGCCAAGGAAAACAGUUCAUAAGCCGGAGAUCCCUGCUAGAUGAGCUGUUUGAGGUGAACCACAUCAGGACCAUCUACCACAUGUUCAUUGCCUUGCUCAUUCUCUUUAUUCUCAGCACACUUGUGGUAGAUUUCAUUGAUGAAGGCAGACUGGUGCUGGACUUUGAUCUGCUGGUGUAUGCAUUUGGACAGUUCCCUCUGGUGAUUUGCACAUGGAUCUGUAUGUUCCUGUCCGUGCUGGUAGUCCCCUAUGCGCUAUUUCAUCUAUGGUCAAAGAACCAGGCAGGCUCUGAUGGUCCCCCCAGGUUGUACAGCUUGAUAUUUGGUUCUGUGUUCCUGCUCUACCAAGCUUUGGGUCUGGGAUUCCUGCCCACAUAUGUGGUGGUGAUCAACAGUUUCCCACCUGCAUCCUGCUUCAUCAUCAUCCUGGAGCAGAUACGUUUAAUGAUGAAAGCCCACUCUUUUGUCAGGGAGAAUGUGCCAAAAGUCCUCUCUUGGGCAGAAAAUAAGGCCUGCCCUGGUCCAGUGGUCCCUCAGGUUUCUCAGUAUCUCUACUUCCUGUUCGCACCCACCCUUAUCUACAGAGACAAAUACCCAAGGAACCCGGUAAUAAGAUGGAGUUAUGUGGCCACAAAGUUUCUUCAGAUACUCGGUUGCCUGUUUUAUGCCUAUUAUGUGUUUGUGAGGCUGUGCAUCCCACAAUUCCGCAGCGUCAGCAUGCAGCUGUUUGAUCUGCGGACCAUGGUCCUCUGUGUGUUUAAUUCCAUACUGCCAGGAGUUUUGAUUCUCUUCCUGGGAUUCUUCGCCUUUCUCCACUGUUGGCUCAAUGCCUUUGCUGAGAUGCUUCAAUUUGCAGACAGGAUGUUUUACAAGGAUUGGUGGAAUUCAACCUCUUUUGCCAAUUACUACAGAACUUGGAAUGUAGUGGUCCACGACUGGCUGUAUUACUACGUGUACCGGGACUUCCUGUGGAUGUCUCAGAAGCGUUUCCGACCAGCCGCCAUGCUCUUUGUGUUUACAGUUUCUGCAGUGGUCCAUGAAUAUAUUCUUGCAGUUUGCUUUGGCUUCUUCUAUCCUGUGCUCUUCUGCCUUUUUAUGUGCUUUGGAAUGAUGUUUAACUUCAUUCUGCAUGAUAAAAGGAAAGGCCCCAUCUGGAACAUAAUCAUGUGGACUUCCCUGUUCCUGGGCCAGGGAGUCAUUAUCUGUUUGUACUCUCAGGAGUGGUAUGCACAGCGCUACUGCCCCCCAAAGGAGAAUUCCUUUCUAGAGUUUCUAACGCCUCGCUCCUGGAGUUGUCAGACAGGCCUAACAGCAAACCCUGAUAAGUUCUGACUACUGAAGGUCACAGCUACUGGGAGAAGGACCCUGGCGUAUCAGUAAAAAUUCAACGAGGCUCUCUGUUAAUGUUGUUACUACUGAUUUUAUUUUAGGACUCUGAGUUUGUUUAAGAAUGUAAAGAAGAGUAUCUGCUUAAGUGCCAAAAACUGCACAGUAAGGCCUUAUCUGUUUUAAGUUUUCAGUGUCCACCCCACAAAACUAUAUAAAAAACAAUUCAUAGUUAGAAAAGUACCUGCAAACCCCUUACUUUUAUAUACUACAUGUUUUUCCACAUCCCUUUUCUGUGAUCUACUGUGAAAACACUCCCUGUGCCAAUAAGACGGUGGCAAUAAUGACGUGGCAGCUGACUACAAACAUUACACAGUGCAAACAUUUAUAUGUGCAGUAAUAGUUAAUAUAUAACAGAGUUUUCCGUUGCUGCUUUAGUGUAAUGAACUUUCUGAAUGAUUCAUGAAAAGACUGAAUUACGUUUAUUUAUUGAUUCACUGCCAAGAUUUAUUAUUUAAAGAAAGCCACUGUUUGGUGUUUUUGUUAUCUCACAAACAGUGGUCCUGUGUUAUAAUUGAAGAAUUAUAGUCAAGUUCUUAAAAAAAAAAAACUUUUUAAUUUAAGUUUAAGUUUAAGUUUUAAUUUGCCAUGUUCACAAAGGGAGGAAGCAGUUCUCUAAUGUAUCUGAAACUUACAUGUUUCAGACAUUGAGCAGUCCACUGCGAUAAAUCUAACCUGUUCUGUUGAUCUUUUGUCUGACAAGCACAGAUUUAAAUGGUAGGCACUUUUAAAUUAUCAAUAGAAACUGGACACUAAAGAAAAAUUAUAAAGAAGAGGUAUUAGAUGUGCUGCACUUUCAGCAUGUUCUGCUGAAAGAACUCUGUGAUUCAUCCAAGUGCUUUGAGUAUACUGUACAGCACGUCCAAUAUCAUUCAGAAGAUCUUUCAAGAACCUGAAUGUUGUGUUUUAAGAAGUUUGUACAAAGAUUUAAUCAGUAAUGUGGAAUCCCCACAAAAUACUGCUGCAAGUUUGCACGUGGCUGCUAAAAUAUUACAAUGAGAUAUUGAAACUUCAUAAGCACCAAGGGCUACAGUUUACAUUGUCAAAUAAUCACUUAAUCAAAUAGGUGUUUUAAAUGUCAUUCUGGUAUAUAUUGUAAUUUUUUUUUCAGACCAAUGGAUGUAAAAGAGUUUGAUAUACUUACAAUAAUACUUGUUGUUGUAUUGAAGCAAAAUGUGUAUUAGUUUGGGAAGAGUUAAUGCACACUUGAUGUUUCAGGGCAGGUAUAACGUGAAUGCUUUUCAAAAAUUAGACUUGCAGGUCUGAAAAAAAACAGCAAUGGAGGGUUCAGUACUUUUAAAAACUGGAUGACCACAAGGUGUCUCUGUUGUAAAGGUUUUCAUUGAUCCAUACUUUCCCCGUUUAGGCUGAAGAGCUUUCCCUGGAUUCCUUUGCAAACUUUACAUUGAAUCGCCAGCAUUUUCUAAAAAGAAAAUAUGUACAGAAAACAGAGAUAUUUGAAAUUCAAACUAUCGACUGAAGUGCCAAUCAUGCUUAAUGUCUAUGAGAUUUUGAUCAUAAGGAUAAUAUUUAUUGAAAAGUGCCAUGCUGCAGAGAGGCCAUUAAUUUAAAUAUUUAUUUUUUAGAGGAGAGCAAUAUCAAUUCUGUCAUUUUCUCUACUGUGAAAUUUUUGACAUUGAAUAAUUCUGACAUGUACAUUUUUACAGCUCAAUGUAUUAUGUUUUGUAGACAAAUUUCUCAUAAAUUCCUAUAUAUCAAAGAUCUAUCAAGGAUAAAACUAUUCCCUUAAUUUUGUGUUAUU